AUGCGAUUGGUGUUUGCAUAUCCUCUCGGACCACUACCUUGGGCGCUAGCAGAUCCUUAUGGUCUUCCAAGAAAGACUAACAAAGCCAAGUUAGCUCAGCAACUGGAAAAGCAAGUUGUCAUCAAGGACUAUUAUCCACUCGAUGCUACAAGUAUUUAUGACGGAAUGGCUGUGCUUCAGAAGUUUAAACCACCGCCUGGAGCCACAUUUGCAAUUCUAGCUGAAAGUUUGUUCACAAUGUUAACCAGCAACUCCAGCAAGCGAAUUGACGUUGUCUUUGAUAUUUAUAAGGAUAUCUCCAUAAAGAAUGCAGAAAGAUCGAAACGUGCAACAGGACCAGUAGGGAUUACUUACAAGAACAUCUUGCCCGGUUACCAAGUGAAGAAUUGCAGCAAGAUCCUGAGUGUAUCAGCCAACAAAACUGAGUUAGUGCGGUUUCUCGUGGGUCAAUGGAAACAGGAGCAGUAUCGAGACAAGCUUCUCAACAAAACACUCUACGUAACUGAAGAGGAAACGUGCUGGAAAAUCAGCUCGUCAGAGGCCAGAGUAGUACCAGAGCUGAGAAGCUACCACGAAGAGGCUGAUACCCGUAUGGUCCUACACGCCAAGCAUGCAGGUGGCAAGUGUGUCAUCCACUCAGAAGAUACGGACGUUAUGAUACUACUCAUUGGCCACGCCCACAACCUGGGCAAGUGCUACUUGCAGAAGGAAAAUGGAUCAAAGCGUAGAAUUGUCGGGAUCUCUGAGAUUGCUAAUCAACUGGAAAGGCAAGUAGCAGAUGGAAUUACAAAACAAGAAGCUUGUGAGGCUUUAAUGGGGCUACAUGCGUUAACAGGUUGCGACACAGUGUCAGCCUUCUUUUCGAAGGGCAAAUUGCGGCCAAUGCAGAUGCUUGUCAAGAAUCAUAUCUAUGUGAAGACAAUGAAAGACAUUGGCAAGGAAUGGAGUGUAAGCGAUGAUACAUUUAGCGCAACAGAAGAGUUCGUGUGUCGUUUAUAUGGAAAGAAGGGUGAGAGUGUGGAUUCAUUGCGAUAUGAGCUCCAUUAUGCGAAAGGUGGCAAGGUCGCACCAGAAGCAUUGCCGCCAUGUCAGUCAUCGUUGCGGCUGCAUGUGUCUCGUGCAAACGAUCAGGCUGCUAUCUGGAGGAGAGCUACAGAAGCGUGUCCUGAUAUCCCUUCUCCGCAUGGGCAUGGCUGGAACGUGAGCUCUUCCACUUUAAAAUUUAUAUGA